CACAGUCAAUACAAUCAAGGCUUCCCUUUGUUCUAUGACUCAAUCGAUCUACUGCCUCCAGUCAAUCGGAGCCCCAGAGAUCGAUGAUCUUCUUUUUUUUUAAAUCUACCGCUAUAUACAGUAUCCUCAUAUAGAAGGUAUCUACCCAGUUGGGAGUGUAUUCGUCGGUAUCCAACAGUUCAGCUACAGGUCCCAAGUGCACAUUAAACAAUCUCUCUACUGCCCUGUCUUCUAACACGAUAUAUCUACUUCUCCUUCCUACCAAUCUUUACAUCUAGUCCUGCGGCAAGAUGUCGGACACCCCUGAAGGUAUUGUUGAACACACCUACGACAAUAUUACAGAAUGGUACCUGCAGUGGGCGACGAGUCAGAAAUCACCGCGAGAAAGAUAUACCCAGAUGCUCCUAGACAAGCUGCAACCGUCACCCUCUAUUCUAGAGCUUGGUUGCGGUCCCGGAGUUCCUAUUUUGAAAAUGCUUCUCGACCACGGCGCUCAAGUGGUCGCAAAUGAUAUCUCAACUAAGCAGCUUGAGUUGGCUAAGGCCCGUUGCCCCGGGGCUAAGCUGGUUGCAGGCAGCAUGACUUCCCUUACUUUUGAGCCUGCGAGCUUCCAUGGUGUAAUUAGCUUCUUUGCGCUAUUCCACCUUCCACGGUCGCAGCUGAAGGCGAUGCUGACCACGAUCUAUGAUUGGUUGAAGCCCGGAGGUGUCUUCGUUUUGAAUCUUGCGACUAUCGACGAAGAAGAAAUCCAUGGCGAAUUCCUAGGACAUGGAAUGUUCUGGAGUAGCUAUGAUGUGGAUCAGAAUCGAGCAAUGUUAACAGAAGUCGGAUUUGAGGUCUUGCAGGUGGAAGUAUUACAGGCUGGCGAUGGGAAGUUGGAGGAGGAUGAUCCAGACUAUGAUACCGAGUUUAUGUGGGUCAUGGCACGAAAGAAAGAACCUUCUGACGAUCCAAGCAGUGGACAAGUAGUGUGAUGGCGCUCUCUGUGUCUGUUCUGGAGUAGCCCGGGUUAGAAGAUAAUCGUCAUCCGUGACAACACUAGAAACCCAGUAUAUUCCUAUCUAAAGGUGCUCUAGCCCUCCUUCUCAAUCUCGUGGUCCCCCAACUAAAGGUUCAGGGGCUGAAUAGGUCCAGCUACUGUAAGGAAAUAACUAAAUCAUGCAUGUCAGGAGCCCUGAC